AAAUCAUUGAGUAGCUCGAGAAGCUCAUGAGUUUGCAGACUACUGUGUAUAUGGUGCACAUGUCACCCUCUCUUGCAUCUCGCUUUUUCUUAAAUGCCAAACAACUGGGAAUGAUAAGUCAAGGGUCUGCUUGGAUUGCAACUGAUAUGAUUAUGAAUUUCUUGCAUUCAAUGGAACCAUCAUUCAUUGAGUCAAUGCAAGGGGUGGUGGGGUUCAAACCUUACAUUCCAACAUCGAAGGAGCUUCGCAAUUUCAAUAUAAGAUGGAGGAGCAAAAAUUUUAUCAAAACUAAAAAUUCACAGGAAAUGGAGCUAAAUGUCUAUGGUAUAUGGACCUAUGACAUGGUUUGGGCUCUUGCAACAGCAGCAGAAAAGGUGAAGGCUGGACAUCCUGAUAUCAUACACCAAGAAACCGGAUUGAUUAUGAACUUCACGACCAUCCUCUCUUCAGAAAGUGGUUUGUUAUUUAUUGAUGAGAUAUUACAGACUAGAUUCAAGGGUAUAAGUGGUGGCUUUCAACUUGCUAAUGGCAGGCUGAUCCCUAAGGAAUUUGAAAUAGUAAAUGUAUUCAAGGGAGAAAGAAUAGUUGGUUACUGGACUCCAGAAAAUGGAAUUACCAAAAUAACGAAGCAAGACAACCGAUAUGAGAUGAAUUCGACGUCAUCCAGCAAACUUGAAGCUGUUAUUUGGCCAGGAGGAAAUAUGAACACUCCAAAAGGUUGGCCUCUGUGUGGUAAGAAGUUGAGGAUUGCGGUUCCAAUGAAAAAUGGCCGAUUCAGCGAAUUAAUUAACGUCACUUUUGAUCCCCAAACGAAUGUAACAACUGUAAGUGGCUUCUGUGUAGAUGUGUUUAAGGCAGCCAUUGAAACUUUAGAUUACGAGGUAAACUAUGAGUUUAUCCCGUUUGAAAAUGCCAGCGGAUCAGCGGAUAGAUACUACAGUGAUCUUAUCCAUCAGGUUUAUCUCAAGAAUUAUGAUGCUGUUGUGGGAGAUACAACAAUCACCGCCAGCAGAUUUUCAGAGGUUGAUUUGACAUUGCCAUACACUGACUUAGGCGUUGGAAUGGUAGUGCGAAAAACCAACAAAAACAAUAUGUGGAUGUUCCUGAAGCCUCUUGCUAGGAAUCUGUGGAUAACCACUGCUGCUUUCUUUAUUUUCACUGGCUUUGUGGUUUGGCUUAUUGAACAUCCCAUCAACGAUGAGUUCCAAGGCCAACCAGCUAAGCAAAUUGGAACGAUCUUUUGGUUCUUCUCAACUCUUGUAUUUGCCCAUAGAAAGUACUCUAAAUAUACAUGUUGACUUAAUGCACGUACGCUUUAAUAACAAUUAACUCAGAGCUAACUGCAUGCAAUCUUCUUACUACAAUUCGAAUCUGCAGGCGAGAAGCUCUUGAGCAACUUGUCAAAGUUUGUUGUCAUAAUAUGGGUGUUCGUUGUGCUUAUAUUAAGCUCAAGCUAUACUGCAACUUUGAGUACCAUGUUAACAGUUCAACAUAUUCAAUGGAUCUCAAUGGAUGACUCCAUAGGAUAUCAUUCAGCUGUUUCACUCCAAGGAGCUGCUAACAACUUAAAUUUUGAAAAUCCGGGGGUAAAGAUAUAC